UACCAUAAUUUUUUUACCAGCCCAACAUGGCGGCAUGAUCAAAUCCAUUUUCUUGUUGUUCUCGCUACACAUCCGUCAUAAGUUGAUAUGAUGAACGAUCCUGAUGCGGAGCGGCCGCGGUCGCGUUCCCAGUCACCCCUGCCACCCGCUUGGUUCGAAUUUCUGCUCGAUCCUUCGUUGCUGUCCAAACAUUUGUCCACAGAAAGUCCAGACCCUUCGGCCUCCCAGCUGAUCGUCCAGUUCCUUGACCAGGCCACCAGGACCAUGGUGAAUGAGCAGAACCAGAUCCUGCCUCCUGCCGAUAACAAACGUAACCGGGCACUCAGGCACCUGGCACUGCAGGCAGCCGCACACCUGCGCUGGGACCUCAACCAACUGGAGACCAGCCUGUCGAACCAUCACACGAAUCUGUUGCUGAACGAGCUGCUACGUGUGGCUCGCAGCCCCACGGAUGUGAAGCACACGGAGAUUGACCUGGCGUCCAUCCCUGACUACACCACCAUCGCACUGGUCCUGUAUCACAGAUGGGCCAUCCGAGUGGUAGUGUCCAGUUCUUUCCCUGUCAAACCUGUCAGAACAUUUCCUAAUAACAUGCUGGGAACUGCCCAGGCAGCUGGAGAAAUUGCAGAAGCCUUACUGAAGGUGUUACGUGACCAGUUACCCGACUCCGUGUGUAUCCUGGAGAACUGUGUGGCUCUGCAGCGCCCCCUACACCUGCCGACGGUGCAGUCCCUGGGUGAUCCUGAGGAGGGGGUACAGGAGGGGGGGCUGCUGCUCAGCACAGAGGAUAUCACCUGCCAGGUUCAGUAUGACCUGGGUACCCUGUACUUCCAUCAACAUGAGUACCAGAAAGCACUGAAGUCUUUCACUUCUUCUUACCAACUUAUAAAGGAGCUGAGCGAUCCGAUCUUCUGUAAGAUCGAUGUCCCGAAGCUGGAGGGUUACCUGAGUGCAUGUCAGGGGCUUGCUGGGAUAGCUCCCUCCGUCAAACCUUCCUCCCUCUUCGAUGAAGUGGAACAGUCCAGAAAAAGCAAUUACAAGGGUUUACUGGAGCUGCUGGUGAGAGACAACCUGACAGCAGAGGUUCCCACGUCUUACAGACACUUCCUGGAGCAGGAGCUGGAGAAAAAAACUAGGAAGGAAGACAAGUUACAGGACACCUGGCUGAAGGUGUGCUGCUGUAAUGCAGUAUCUAAUGUGGUGCAGGGCCGACCUGUACAGCCCAGCUUCACACACCUGGUGCCACACCUGUCCCAGGAUAUGGUCCACUUCCUCAUCAAGAUUUGUAAGCAGUCAGUUCAUUCCACAGACCAGAGGCAGCAUGCAAGGAUGGUGGAUUUUAUAGGACAUGUGUUGCGACACAUGAGUGGUAGUGUGGUGUUGGAGUCAGUAUUGGAGACGUCUAAAGACCUCCUGACAACACAAGAACUGGAGACCAUCAGGGCACAGUACAUCCCACAGCAGACAGCCAUUCCUAACUACACAGGGGAGAGACCUCACACUAAUACAGGCAGCCGGCAGCAGCAGCAGUGUGACCUGGAACAGGCUCUGAUGAACACCCUCAGCCCCAAGACUAUCCAGAGACUGGUCAUGGAGCUUCAUGGCAUGGCAACAGACUCCGCCUACUGCGUACCUUACCACAAGUGGGAGAUGCCCCGUGAGUAUGUAUCGUUCCUGUGGGACCAUCACAACUCAGUAGGCAGUGUCACUCAUGAUGUCGUGUACCUCAUCCUGGCCAAGGCACUGCACUGUGCAAGUAUGAAGGACUUCCCAACAGCGAGAGUUCUGCUGCGUCACGGCGUGGAGCAGGUGCGGGCGCUGUCCUUCCGGCUGGGCGCGAUCGUGCACAACGAGCUGCUGCUGCUGGACAUCACGGACCACGCCAGCCGGCGGGACGGCAGGAAGGCUGCCCAGGAGCUGGUGCAGGCUGUCAAGAACCAGCUCAGCACCAGGAUCCCUGAGGUUCCUGUGAGGAAGGAACUGCAUGAGACCAUGGCAGCAUUCCUGCUCAACAUACGAGAGUUUGAGUAUCUGUUCCAGUCUCGCAACACUGUCGGGGUCUACAGCAAUAGCUAUUUGUGGCUGGCCCACCUGAUAGCCAGUGUUAGUAAGGAUCUCCCCAUGCUCAAAUCCUUCAGGCAGCCUGGCAGGGAACUAUGGGACUUUGUGGUAUCAGUCUUCGUGGACAGUCACCAGCACAAGAGAGGGAGUGAUGGGAAGGCCAUGGGCAUGAUGCAGAGGGACUCAGCUAUCUCUCCUCUCACCAGGACAGAGUUCUUGGACUUUCUGAAGAACAUUCAGGACCCAGUUUGUCUAAGUUUGAUGGUCUCCUGUCUUGCUAAAAUUAUCAACAUCUUACAGGAUGAUUCCAACAAAGACGUCAGCAAUGAUUAUGCCACCCUGUGGCCACAGGGUCUGGGGAAUCAUAAAAACACCCAUGUGUCUGAUGACUCCGUGGCCCUGGUGCUGAGAGAGUUGUUAGGACAUGCCCUGUCUAUCAACCCUGGGCGACCUUCAUGGCUCAAAACACAGGCUGAUCUCAGCUAUGCUGCAGGCCAGUACUCUGCAGCCCUGCGGUUUUACCUGCAGGCUGGGAUGGUCUGCAGUGACUACUUCACUCACCAGGUGCCUAAGGGAGUGUACGAUGAGCAGGUGUACAAAAGGAUGAUCAAAUGCUGUAAGGAGCUCCAGUGCCACACUCAUGUGGCAGUGCUGUGCCAAUUUCUGAAGGAAGUGGACUAUUCCACAGCUUUCAAGGUACUGCAGGAGAGAAACAGCUAUGAUGCCAUGGAUGAUUAUUACGACUACUUCUGGGAUGUGGAUAUACUGGAGUAUCUUGUCAACAUUCAUACCAAGAAAGGUGAAUUGGACAAGAGACAAGCAGUGCUACAGGUGCUGGGCCAACAGGAGUUGAACUCCAGUAACAGCGAGGAUGUCCUGAUACGUGCAGCCAACGCCAGGAAGAGCAGAUUCUUCCGUAUCUUGUGUAAGAUGUAUGUUUAGUGACAACCCAGCAGAGGACAUUUUUGAGGUGCAAAAUAUGACAUUACAGGAAGCUACAAGAAAACGUACGGCAACAGGACUAUGGAUAACUUUGAUGGCAAUUGACUGAUCUGUGGAUGGUGGAUAGCAAGUUACACAUUUCCAAUAAACGCCAUUAAAAAUUCAGUUGUUUUUUAGGCACAGGAAUCAUAUCCUCCCUUGUUGCCCCAAAUCCUAGAUAUCUAAAGUGUACAAAAAUACCUCCAUUGCCAAUCAACACUGAAGACCCACCAUGCAUACAAUAAAUUUUCAUGUAGGUAA